UGGUUAUACUUUUGAUAUAUUCUUUAAAAAAGCGUGUUUUCGCGCAGAAGAGCACUGAAAGGGUUCGGAGCGUUUUGGCACCAAUAAUGUUCAGUUCCUAAUAAAUAUGGCAGCUUAGUUGCAAGCAGUGUUGAGUGCUAGUACAAUCGACACGUCACAAUUUACUACAAUGAGCCAAUCAACCGACAAACGGUACGGUAUAGCUAUUUGUGGUUUGGGUCGUGCAGGCUCCAUACACACAGGCAAUUGUGUUCGACAUCCGAAAGUAGAUAUUAAAUACUUCGUUGAGCUAGACCUUUUAAGAGCAGAACAAGUAAAAAAAGAAUAUGGAUUGGUUGAUACAAAAGUGGUUCACUCUAAUGACUUCAACACUAUUCUUGAGGAUGCCAAUGUUGACGGCGUUAUAAUAGCAACAGUGACGUACGCGCAUGAAGAAUACGUCAAAAAGUGUAUUCAAGCUAAAAAGCCAAUCUUCUGUGAAAAGCCUAUCGCCGAAAAUUUAAAAGAUACAGUUUCAUGUUACGAAGAAGCUGAGCGGUUAGGAGUGCCACUAUUUUGCGCGUUCAAUCGACGAUUCGACGCUACUCAUCGUGCAGUGAAAGAUGCUGUGGACAACGGUGAGGUGGGAGAGGUUCAUAUGAUAAAAGUAUGUAGCAGGGAUUCCCCUAUCCCCAGUGCUGCUUACCUAAAAAUAUCGGGUGGCAUUUAUCACGACUGUGCAGUGCAUGAUAUAGACAUGGCGACUUGGAUUAUGAAGGAUUAUCCGACAACUGUUUUCUCCCAAGCGCAUGCGUUCAGAAAAUUUAUUAAAGAUUUGAAUGAUGUUGACACGGUUUCAAUAACAAUGCAGUUCGCUUCAGGUGCAAUUGCACAAAUUGAUUUGAGCCGUUUUGCAGCGUAUGGAUACGAUCAGAGAGUUGAAGUGUUGGGAGAAUUAGGAAUGGUUGAGAGUUUAAACGAAAACAAAACCAACCUCCGCAAAUCAACUGGCCAAAGCAUCAGCAACGACCUAUUAAAGUUUUCUUUUCCACAAAGAUACCCGCUAGCAUACGAGAAUGAGAUCCGUCAUUUCUUGGAUAUAAUCGAUGGCACUCCACCGUUGAUUACAAAGACAGACGUGAGUAUGGUGUCCCUCAUCGCGUCAGCUUGCGAAGAAUCGCAUCGCACUGGAAAGCCAGUUAGAAUAUGUAGAGACACAUUAACUUACGAAGUCAUAUAAUGUAGCUAUUACACAAUAUUCAUAGAAAUUUUAGCGCGUAUUAAAUUUGGCAGUGCUGAAAAAAAUUAUUUGGCCAAAUUUUCAGACCCACUUAUACAUACCUAAUUUUGCCAUAAAGCCAGGGAACUGAUGGUUGGCUAUCUUUCCAUAUCCAACUUCUUCCCGGGCCAUUUCUACGCUUAUAUUCUGACAAGACGACUCCGUGGUGACUAUUACGGACAGAACCCGUCUCGUUAGAAUAUCAGAUUUAGAAGAGCCCUGGGGACAAGGCUGUUGCAUAUUACAUGUUUUUGUAAUAAAAAUUAGGUUUUACGAAAUUUUGGUAGUAAAUUAUCCAAAACUACUUUGUAGGAAAUUUUGUUUUAGAUAAAAUUUUGGAGAAAUAGAA